AUGGAUUACUUCAGACUUCCUUCGUUCAUGAAGAAGAUAUCUAUAGAGCACUGCUUGACUGAGUUGCGCAUUCCACCCGAAUUUGUGGCUCUUCAUGCGGCGCAACUACCUUUCGACUGCCGUCUCGUCAUGCCUAGUGGACAGAGCUGGCAGGUGAGGCUGUUAAACAUUGCGAGUGGUUGCCAUUUUCACACUGGCUGGUCGGAGUUUCGUCUCGCUAACAACAUUAUUCACGAUGAUGUGCUUACAUUCACUAUGGUCGACGCGGGCAUAUUUCAUGUAAAGCGGUAUAACCCCAGGACGGGAUGUCCUCGAUUGAGUGAUUUACAAGAAGAAGACGAAUACGGCGGCUCCGACCACAGUGAUGCCCCGGACGUCAAUACGUCGGACGACUAUGUGCCAUCAGACACGGAGGGGGGCGACUCAUCGGAAGAGGACGAUUAUGCGCCGGAUCCCGGGGUUUUGGAUGAUGGUUGCCCAACCUUUACUGUAACCAUGGACAGGUCGAACAUCUCUCGAUCUUUGGAGAUUCCGAUGGCCUUUUGGCGCCGCCACAUUCGAAUGAAUUCUCUGCAAUACCCGGUUUACUUCAACGUGAACGGAGAUUCUUGGUUCAUCGUUCUCGACCACAGUGACACAAACAUUUGGGUGAAACGCGGUUGGAGACGAUUCAAAGAGGCUAACAACAUCGUGGUUGGUACUCGCUGCCACUUCAAACUCAUUGAUCGGAAUGAGGUCCAGUUUUAUGUGUGGUUUGAUCGGGAAUAA